AUGGCUUCCAUAGAGGUUAUUGCAUGUCUUAUUUACGGUUCUACGUCACCAAUCAUACGUCAGCAAAAUGUUAGAAUUGUAUUAUCUCGUACAAUUUAUGCAUCAGAUGAAUGGUUUCAUCCGGCGACCAAUUAA